CACGGCGCAGCCAUGGCUCAGCCCUUCUCCCUGGCCGCCUGCGACGUGGUGGGCUUCGAUCUUGACCACACGCUGUGCCGCUAUAACCUGCCCGAGAGCGCCCGGCUCAUUUAUAACAGCUUUGCUCAGUUCCUAGUCAAGGAGAAAGGGUAUGAUAAGGAGUUGCUCACUCUGACGCCCCAGGACUGGGAUUUCUGUUGCAAGGGUUUGGCGUUGGAUCUGGAAGAUGGAACCUUCAUUAAACUUGCAGCUGAUGGCAGUGUGCUCAGGGCAAGCCACGGCACCAGGAUGAUGACUCCAGAGGAGCUGGUGGAGACGUACGGCAAGAAGGACUGGAGGCACUGUGCGACAGACAGACACUCUGCAUCGAACGUCGACAUUCCUUGCUGCUCAGGAAAGUGUUACUUCUAUGAUAACUACUUUGACCUGCCGGGGGCUCUUCUGUGUGCCAGAGUGGUGGACUCCUUAACGAAGCAGAACAGAGGUCAAAAAACAUUUGAUUUUUGGAAGGAUGUAGUUGCUGGUAUACAACACAAUUUUAAAAUGUCAGCCUUUAAGGAAAAUUGUGGAUUCUUCUUUCCAGAAAUAAAAAGGAAUCUAGGCAAGUAUGUGCACCGCUGUCCUGAGUCUGUGAAAAGGUGGCUUCGACAGCUGAAGCAUGCUGGGAAAAUUACCAUGUUGAUCACCAGUUCUCACAGCGACUACUGUAAACUUCUUGGCACUCACAUCCUUGGGAAGGAUUUCGCAGACCUUUUUGACAUUGUGAUUACAAAUGCAUUAAAGCCUGGAUUCUUCUCGCAUUCCCCAAGCCAGAGGCCUUUUUACACACUGGAGAACGAUGAGGAGCAGGAGGAGCUGCCCUCUCUGGAUAAACCAGGCUGGUACUCCCAAGGCAAUGCUGCCCAUCUCUAUGAGCUUCUGAAGAAAAUGACCGGAAAGCCUGAACCCAAGGUCGUUUACUUUGGAGACAGCAUGCACUCAGAUAUUUUCCCAGCUCGUCACUAUAGUAACUGGGAGACCGUUCUCAUCCUCGAGGAGCUUCGAGGGCAAGCAGUGGAGAAGGCCGAGGAGGCAGAGCCCCUGGAGAAGAGAGGGAAAUAUGACGCUCCAAAGGUAAAGCCUCUUAACUCCUUAUCUAAUAAAUGGGGCUCAUACUUUAUUGACUCAAUCUCGAGACGAGGAAAUGCAGAAGACUCCUUGGUGUAUACAUGGUCCUCUAGGAGAAUCAGCACCUACAGCACCAUUGCAAUUCCGAGCAUCGAAGUGAUUGCAGAGUUACCCCUGGACUACAAAUUUACAAGAUUCUCUACAAACAGUUCAAAAACAGCUGGUUACUAUCCAUUGGUCCAUUAUACCUUAUAUUCUCAAGACACAGACAGCAAAAUCAUAUUUACUGAAAAAUGAACCAACCAUAUGUGCAUCAGACAUACUGCUUAAAAAUGUUAAUUUUUCAAAAAAUGCAAAUGUUUUAUAAGAACAAUUGAUCAAUGAAAAUUUACCAAAUGGGUUAAUCUGUCUUUUUAAAAACAUAUAUCAUUUUAUAUAAAUUGUUUUCAUGUUUAACAUUUCUUGUUAGAGUAAAAAUUUUAGUGUCUUUAAGUUAAAAAAGAACAUGAUUAAUAUCCUCUGCACAGUAGUUUUGAGGAUUCUCCCAAGAUGAUAACAGACACAUAUGCAAGCAAGUAUUUAUACAUCUCCCUAGUUGGGCAGCUCCCAAUGCCUGGCCCGAAGACCAGCAGAGAUAGAUCUUGAAAAUGCAUAUUUGAAUGCCAUGCUCCAAACCUCCUGAAUCAGAAACUUCAGGAUGAGGGCCCAGCAAUGGCUUUUGAACAAGCCUGCCGAUGAAUGUGAUUCUCAACAUGAUUUGAGACCUAGUGAGUACACCUGUGCUCCAAAAUAGAUUUGUACGGAUAAAUACAGCUGAAUAUUCAUAUGUUUCAUAUGUCCAAAUUAAAAAUGUAACCAGAAUUGAGAGGAAACACCAGUCUAGUGGGACUCAUUUUUUUCUAAACUAUCAAACGUCUUGCUAUUUUUCUCUCAAGAUGCAUUAAUAAAGAGACAUGAUUUCUUGAGAUAAUACCUUACCCCAUUAGGAAGAAGUUAAACUCAGCUCUGCUUUGUCCUUGGGGAGAGAGAGCACUAAAUGUCUGGAAGGAGCACUCUGGAGCUUCAUCAGUACAUUCCAUGGCAGGGCAGGUGUGUCCUGUGAGGUUCUGGUGAGUUACAUUAGCAGCAUUUAUAUCAGAUCACAUUCGCACAAGAUGUUUACGUUCACCUGACAUUCGUAAGUUCCUGAUCCCCUUUGCCUGUUAACUUCACUCUCCAUAAUAGACAGAUAGGACUAGAAAACAUUAUCAUUUUUUCCUUGUAAUUUAGCAUACUAAUAUAUGCACUGAAAAACUAUCCUGUUAAAAAUCUGUAAAUGUUGAGAUAAAACCCAAGUGUACUAUGAAGAUGCAUUUCUCAGGGUAAUUAAAAGGAUAACUUUUUCCCUUAUCUUCUGUAUUUUUGAUGUUGAUCAAUAAAUAUACAUAUACAGUGAUGUAUUUGAUAUCCAUGAUGUCAUUGGAGUGUUAUACUGAGCACGCACAAUCAAACUUAGGGCCAAAUAAAAGAUGCUAUCUAGUGUAUGCUUUAAGUAGAGAUUUCACUUUGCUUUAAAAUAAAGCUAUUUUUCCCU